UUUCGUAAGUAUAAGAUAAAAUAUAGUAUACACGAUAAUAUUUCGUAAGGUUUAUGGACAGCGGUCGGGAUAGAAAAAAUUUUUCCUACCUGAAAACGCGGGAAAUUUCGGCAGGAACUAAUGAUGUAAACAAAUUGAAAAAUUGUUUCUUUUCCCGAUUCAUGACCAACAAUAUCUACAAAUAUGAGAAAGGUGAUUUUACAUUGGAAUUUUAUAAUUUGGUUGGAAAAUAUCAAAAUAUGAUCCUCCAACAUAAAGGAAAUUACUUCACAAAAAGUUAUUUUAGAAGUGAAAUGGAAAAACUAAUAUGUGAUGAAAGUAUGACAGAGAAAGAGGUUAAGAAUACAUGCAAAUUAAUAGUCAUGGAAUGUUGUGACGAUUUUAUAGACGACAUUAAACAGUCGCCUUUUUAUUAUGGCAAAGAAUUGGCAAAUUCUGUAACAUCAACUAUAAUCAAUAAUAUAAAAAAAAUAAUACCACCUAAUAAUACAGAUGAAAAAAGCGAUAUAUCAUAAGUUUAAAACAAAACUAUUACGUAUCACAUUUUUUUUUAGCAAAAUGUAUUAACUCAUUUUAAUUUAUAAAAUAGUAAAAUAAAUAAAAUGUUUCAAAUAAA